AUGGCCGCUUCCAUGGCGUUGCGAAGAGAAUGCUGCUCCCUGGCAAGGAUACUGAGCAGAGUAUCAUACUCGAUCACUGUGACGGAGGAGCCCGACACGCUGUUCCAAAAAGUGACCGUGCUGGUUAAAGGUCACGACAGGGCCGUCUUGGACAGCUAUGAGUAUUUCGCAACUAUGGCAGCCAAAGAACUCGGCAUAAACAUCGACAAAGUUUUUGAACCUCCCAAGGACAUGGAAAGGUUUACAUUGCUGAAGUCAGUCCAUAUCUUCAAAAAACACAGAGUUCAGUAUGAGAUGAGGACACACUACAGGUGCAUUGAGUUGACUCAUUUAACAGGCUCAACAGCGCGGGUAUAUUUGGAAUAUAUUCAAAGGAACCUUCCCGAAAGUGUAGCCAUGCAGGUGACAAAGAUUGCUAUGGAGAAAAUUCCAGACCACAUCCAUGAACCCAUAUGGAAUGAUGAGGCCAUGGAUGAAACACAGAAGCCCACUCAAGAAAUGCAUACCUCCAAGGAGUGA